AUGGGUCGUUCGAUUUUGUUUCUUUGCCUACUCGCCGUUCUCACAGCCUUUCCCAGCCGUGGACAAGCACAGCGGUGCAGCAAGCUACUUACACGCAAAGAAUGGCGAACGUUGACGCAUGGCGAGAAAGCCGGCUGGGUGGGAGCUGUCAAAUGUUUAGCAGGUAUACGACACGAACGGCUGUCCUUUUCGCCAGAUCAGACGGUCCUCGAGGGGAAGAAGAGUUUGUACGACGACUUCUCUUACUCCCACGCAGCAGUUGAGCACAGCGCACAUAGAAAUGCCUACUUCCUGCCAUGGCACCGGUGGUUUACCUACCUCUUCGACUCGUCUCUCCGCCGUACUUGCGGGUAUACUGGCCCAACGCCGUACUGGGACUGGUCGCGCGAUCACGCAGACUUGUUCAGCUCGCCCGUUUUUGAGGACUCUACUGAGUACGGGCUAGGCGGAACGGGUGACUGCGACUCCUCGGAGGCCGACUGUGCCGUCAGAACGGGCGCCUUUUCUCACUUGGAGCUUGCCUGGCCGGUCCCGCACCGACUGCGGAGGAAUCUCACCCUCAUCACCGGCUGGUUCGAACACGAGCUACCUCAAAACCGCACCCUGGGCCCGGAAUUCGUGCGCAACUCGACCGAGCAGACCACUGGCGACUUUUUCAAGUUCCAGCACGCAAUGGCCCUGAUGCACAACCACAUACACAACUUCGUCGGCGGCGACCUGGCGGGAGACUGCCCGAAGGCCCUGCCGGAGGAGGAUUGCCGGGACUUGGCGGUCAGCUUCACGCCCAAUGACCCGCUCUUCUGGCUGCAUCAUGCUCAGCUGGACCGGUUGUGGAACAAGUGGCAGCGCCACCACCCAUCCAACUUCGCCGCCUUCUCCGGGAUACCCCUAAACCCGAAGAAUAUGAGCGACCCACGCUAUGAUCUGGAAGCGCAUGCAGAUCAUCUGAUGCCCUUUGACGUUCAGAGUGUACCCGUGGCGCCGAGCCGGGUGUUUGACACGGAGUCUUGGCCAUUGUGUUAUCAGUAUUCGGACGAGGAGUGA